AUGGGUGGUGAGGCUGCCGAGACCGCGACGGGAGCGCUGGAGGAAGACAAACGUAGCAAUGGUGCCACAGAGCCAGCGUCUGCUAAUUCAGCUGAGCAGGACACCGCAACGGCCAAGCCGGCGAUGGCGAUGAUGAGCACUGGGGAUAGUCAAACAGCUGCAGGAGCUGCAGACAAGGCGCCGCCAACAACGGGUUCCAGCCCAAAGAAGAGACGGAAGGUCAACCAUGCAUGCGUCUACUGCCGUCGAUCGAACGACUCGGAGGACGCCGUUGCCGCCGCUCCUGCCGCUGGCGAAAGUCCCGCUGCGAACAAUGACUUUGAAAGUAAUCAAGGCAUGUCGCAGACUAUCGAGGGACGUGAAACCCUAGACGACCAGAUACUGCCAGAUACGGCCCUUUCUAUGCAACCGCCCUCCCUGACCUCCUCCCAGAGCGCUCCUCCGCAGGAUAUAGCCGCUUCCGGCCCGAGUAUUGACGUUAACCAGCAGAGUUUAAUGGGGUAUAACAACGAAUGGCGACUUGGUGGUCAAAACAACCAGUUUCAAGAUAUCCAUACAUUCCACCCGUCUUACAUGUUUAAUGCACCCGAAUUCACCAACGAGUAUAAUCUCCUCAACGACUUUCUCAGCACAAGCCUUCUAGACGACGGAUCAAUGUAUCCCAACGACGAGGUAAGGGGUCUCUACUCCGAUAUGUCGCUUCUAAACUCCAUGGCCACAAACCUAUCCCGCAAUAAUGAAGGUUACCCCCAGCAACAACCGCAGCAAUCCACAAUAUCUCCUUCACAAUUCGUCAGCCCAUCACAGGCUCCCCAGGGAGGCGCCAUACAACGACCCAACAGCACUGUCGGAAACGACAAAGCUAAAGAAACAUAUUACCUGACAGCCGCUGACCCUUCUGGAACCGACCCCCCGGAAGAGCGCAUGAACAAGCUACUCAAGGCUAAAUAUGAUGCCGGCUUACUGAAGCCAUUCAACUAUGUAAACGGCUAUGCUCGAUUGAACAAAUACAUGGAAGAGCACCUGCAGCCUAGUUCGCGACAGAAGAUUCUCCGCCAGCUGGAUAAAUUCCGACCUACGUUCAGAGAACGUAUGCAUGCUCUUACCGAUAUCGAGCUGGUAUUAGUUGAGAUGUGGUUUGAGCGAAGUUUAAUGGAGUAUGAUCGUGUAUUUGCUAGUAUGGCCAUACCAGCCUGUCUAUGGCGACGUACGGGCCAGAUCUUCAGAGGCAACCAAGAGAUGGCACAACUAAUCGAUGUGCCAAUGGAUUCUUUGAGAGAUGGUAAACUUGCUAUUCAUGAAAUAGUCGUUGAAGACCAGCUUGUUAGUUACUGGGAGAAAUUCGGCGCUAUUGCAUUCGACAGCUCGCAAAAGGCAAUGCUUACAAGCUGUACGCUGAAAAGCCCUGAUCCGAACAGCCCCAAACAGAAUAUACCAUGCUGUUUCUCCUUCACCAUCCGCCGAGACAACCAUAACAUGUAA